AUGUCGCCCCCCUCAGUAGACGACAACGACAGUCUCUCUCCCACCAACUCCCGGGGAGAUGACGACGAGAACAGCCAACACCCCCGCAAACGCCAGCGUGUGCGUCUCAGCUGUCUAGAGUGCCGCCGAAGAAAGCUCUCUUGUGACCGUGGCUAUCCGUGCCAGCGGUGCUUGAAGAGCGGCACUCCUGACCGCUGCACCUACGAGACCAAGUCUGGCGUCGUUCUGAACGCCAGCUCAGGAGUUCCCCCCGCGUUUGCCCAGCUGGACUCUCGGAGGAACGGUGAACUGGCCAUGGGCGGCACCAAGGAAACCGACAUGUCCCUGGUCCGGGAGGCGGCCAAGGACCACGACCGCAUCCGCCGUCUCGAGCUGGAAGUCGCUCAGCUCAAGACUCAACUCACCCGACAGGCCAUGUCCAGCUUCGAUGGCAGCACAGUUGCCGGCACCAACUCACCGCACACUCAGAAGGAUGAGUCCACCGACACGCCCGCCAAUGAUCCAUGCGCCAACACUCACCAAAUGGAGAAGUGCUGGCAUCAGUACAGCGACGGUGGCGCCAAUUCAGAGCUCCGCUUUUUCAGAGGCAAGGAAUUCAGGACGAGGUAUUUCGGUCCUCACAACGCCACGAUGGCGUUCAUCGAGUUGACUGGCCUGUGUCCCUUUAUGAAGGAGACAGCAGAUGAAUGGCUGAAGCCAGUGAAGGCUCAUGACCGCAAGGAUCGUAAGAAGCGCAAGGAGGACCGCGACAAGUUUUAUGCUCAGCCUGACCCCCGGCUGGAGGCUCUUCUGCCGCCCAAGGAGCAAGUCGAUGCCCUGGUUGAGGUCUACAUCGACCAGUUCGAGCAAAUGCACCGCAUCAUUCACAUCCCCACCUUCAGGAGAGAGUACUCGGAAUUCUGGGAGAACCCUGCCGAGUCCCGCUAUGCCGCCUUCACCGCCCUUGUCUUGGCCAUCAUCGCGGUUGCAAACUGCAUCCACACUCACGAGUCUAUGAGGUUCACGGGCAUGAUCUCCAAUGCCCAGACCACCGCCGAGAAGUACAUCAAAGCCGUUGAGGAUUGGCAGGACAAGCAGAGCGUGAAGCACCGAAAGCUCAUUCACUACCAAAUUGCAUGCCUCCUGUAUCUUGGCAAGCGCGUCAACACGGUCAAGAAGAAGCGCUUCUGGACGAACUCGGGAGCUCUUAUCCAGGAUGGAAUUUCAGUCGGUCUCCAUCGUGAGCCCAGCCACAUGUCCGGCAAGAUCUCAGUCUACAACCAGGAAAUGAGGAGGAGGAUAUGGGCGACGGUGCAGGAAUUCGACAUGCAGGCCUCCUUCGAUCACGGUCUGCCAACGCUUGUUAGCCAACUGCACUACGACGUGCAGCCCCCGAGGAAUUUGGACGACGAGGACUUUGACGAGGACACCACUCAGCUGCCCCCCUCGAAGCACGGAAAGGAGUACACUUUCUCCUCCUACCAGAAUCUCGCUCGCCAGAGUCUGCCCCUCCGCAUGGAGUUGAGCAGGCUAUUGUGUGGCCCACCUGGGGAGAUCGACUACGAUCAAGUCAUCAGGUAUACGAACGACAUCACCCACGAGAUCGACUCUCUGCCAUCUUGGGAGCACAACAACAACAACACCCACGGCGGCAAGCGUCCGCUCCUCGCCUACACCCUCCUCCACGUCCAGCUCCGUCAGUACAUCAUUCCUCUGCACCAACCGUUCCUCAAGCUGCGAAAGUCGAAUGCCAAAUACCAGUACUCCGAAAUCAUCUACUACAACGCCGCCCGAGACAUCGUGCUCCUGCACGACAAGCUCUAUGAGCAGGGCAUCCGCUGCCUUAACUUCCUUCGCGAAGACACCCUCACCACGGCCGUCAACCUCUGCAGUGUCACGAUGCUGCAGCCCCGCGGCUCGACCAACAUGAUCAUGAUCAACUCCCAGCACACGGUGAAGUUGCUCGAGAAGUGCCUUUUGAUGAAGGAGGAUAGGCUGCUGCGGACCGGCAACAACGAGCCAUGGGGUUAUUCCAUCAUGUGCUCAUCCCUCGGCCUGCUCGAGGCCCAUCUGGGCACGAAGACGACGGAGCAAGCGAAGGCGUCGUCCGCGGAACGCUUUGUCAACUUGCACUACAAGCUGCUGGCGAACCAGGAGCCGCCGGUAUCGAGCCAGCAAUCGGAGCUCUCCAAGAUCCCCGGCCUGGAGGUUCCCGAAAGACCAAAGUCCGUCACGCCCUUCUCCUUCCAGGGGUACCCGUCGUCUCACAACACGGUCGACGGACUGCUGCCUCAACCGCUACCUUGGAUGUCAUCAUCCAUGGAUCCGCAGACGCAGCAGCAGUCGUUCAAUCCCGACUUUAGUCUUGAAGCUCUGGGAUUGAAUUUGAACGAGUUGUGGGGAGAGUCGUGGGACUUUAGCUAA